UCAGGCAAUAAACCGCUAAUACCCUGAGGACUCGGAGGAAGGCACAGCGGCUUUCAGCAUCUCGCAGACGAAUGCAGCUGGGAUAGGCUCCAGCACCCCCGCGACCCCGACUGGGACAAGCGGUAGGAAAUGGAUGGAUGGACUUUUUUUUUUAAGAAUCUAAAUCUUUUUUAGGAAUUGUACACCUGACGCCUUUAACUUUUAGUGGAAAUUUCCCCGAGCCGAGCCCAGACAUUUUGCACCAUGGCGGUCCACCGCCUGUCACUCAAAGGCAGGUGUGGCGGCGGCAGGUGAAGCUUAAGACCCGCGGGGAAUGAAAGCGUGGCUUCUUACUCGGGAGCAUGCCGCCCAAGAAAAAGGGAGAGCGCCAGGACACGGACGCCUCCGAGGAGAGGAACGCCCAGGUUCAGUUGGAGAAAGCAAAGUACAAGGCUGUGGCCUUUGCCGUACGCUGCAACUUCUCCUACACGCCGGCGGAUGACGACAACGUGCCAGUGCCAGGCAAGGCAGUCACCUUCGAGGCCAGAGACUUCCUACACGUCAAAGAGAAAUUUAACAAAGAAUGGUGGAUUGGGCGGCCGGUUAAGGAGGACAGCGUGGUGGGCUUCAUCCCCAGUCCGGUCAACUUGGAAACCAUCCUGAUACGAAGAGAAGUCCAGGCCAGGAAGGCUGCCAAGGCCUUAGCAAACAAAGCAUCCUCACAAGUGGCUCAAGAUAUGAACUCCAAAAAGUACACGCCUCCUUCUCAAGCCAAUCAGCAGGUGAAAAAGAAGCCGGGGGAGCAGGUCUCCAUGUACGACGUUGUGCCUACCAUGCGUCCUGUGGUCCUCAUGGGACCGUCACUGAAGGGCUUAGAGGUGACGGACAUGAUGCAAAAAGCUCUGUUUGACUUUUUGAAACAUCGAUUUGAAGGCAGGAUCACCAUCACCCGGGUCACGGCAGACAUCUCCCUGGCAAAGCGCUCCAUACUCAACAACCCUGGAAAAAAAGCCUUAAUGGACCGCUCCAACACCCGCUCCCAUUUAGCUCAGAUCCAAGGGGAAGUGGAGCGAAUAUUUGAACUUGCUCGCAGCCUGCAGCUGAUUAUUCUGGAUGCAGACACCGUCAACCAUCCUAUUCAGGUGUCCAAGACCUCCUUGGCUCCCAUCCUCGUGUAUGUCAAAAUAUCUUCACCAAAGGUUUUGACCAGGCUGAUCAAGACCAGAGGCAAGUCUCAGACCAAACACCUCAACGUCCAGAUGGUGGCAGCAGACAAGCUGGCCCAGUGUCCCCCGGAGAUGUUUGACGUCAUCCUGGACGAGAACCAGCUAAUGGACGCCUGCGAGCACAUUGCAGAUUAUCUGGAGUCCUACUGGAGAGCCACUCAUCCUCCAGAGAUGGAGCCUCAUGGCAACCCUCUAGUGGCCCAGCUGGCUGAGAACACUCUGCCCACCUCCAUCGUGCCGGACAAGCAGAAGAACAAGUCUAUCGCCCCCAAGAGGAAGGGUUCCCAUGACAACCCCUCCACCCACGAUCCACCCUCAUCCCAGGAGCCGGGGGCCGACGAUGGUCAAAGGGAAGACGAGGAGGACACGCACCUUCUGAGGACGGAAGCAAAGAGAGCCCAGCAUUCGCGUCAUCAUCAUCACCACCAUCAUCAUCAUCACCACCACCGCAGGACAGAGCAGCAGAUCCAGGCCUCCACCACAGGACACGCCCACAGGCCUCCUCACAGGGUUCUCCCUGAGGAGGACGAGGAGGAGGAGGAGGUGGGAGGCGCGCCGGAGGAUCAUGAUCACUGUAAAGAUCGGGAUCGCCACCAUAACCGCCACCAUCAUCACCACAGUGGCAGCAGCCAGCCGCACGGCGAGGACGACUGCGAGCAAAAUGAAGGCAGCAGACAUCAGGACCAGAACCCUGCCAACAACUACCAACAUGGCACCUGCAGAGACCGGGAGAGGCUGAAGGUCAAGGAGAGAGACAGAGGCAGAGCCGUGAGGCUGAGGGACUCACAUUUCCACUAGUUGCUGAUCCACCGUGCGUACGUAUGUAUGUACGUAUGUAUGUACAUAUGUAUGUAUGUAUGUAUAUGCGUGCAUAUGUACU